UGCAGCAAUUUUAUCCCCUUUAUCAGAACAGAUUUAUAUAUUUACAUAUUUUUAAAUUUACUACUAAGAGAUCCAAAACUGUAUAUUUUAGCAGAGCAAAGUAUUUAAAAUGUGACUAUCAGAAUUAUCAAUAAAAGCUUAAAAUGUUUUAAAUUAAUGCUAUAUUAAAAUGUAUGAAUAAAAUAAAGGUGAGUGGGGAUUUUGUUUGACAUAAGACACACCCACACGUAUUGUAAUAUGAAUUGUGCGCACGGAGUGUAUCAACAGGGAAAGUCGCUGGACUCUUAUUUUUUUAAACAUGUGCCGGAAGCGGUUCGCGAGUUAGCACAGUGCUUUGCAGACAGUGAUGCUAACUGUAGCUUUAGCUGGUUUGCUGAAUGCAGUUUGUAAAUAGUUCUGUGACGAUGGAGCUAAACCCUAAACGGCAGAAAGUUGCUCUGGAUUACACAGAUUUCCAUCAGCAACUGAGAGGAGAAACUCCAGCUUACCUGCAAAGUUACAGUCUGGAGGAGAAGGAGCCUCUCGUUAGAGGCCAAGAGAACGCUUUGGGAUCAUCUUCAAGUUUGACUGAGGAUCUAAAGGACGUCAGCUCUGUAUCUGGUGAAACAAAACAUCUCAACUGUAAACCAGAAAAUGAAAGUACUGGUUGUUGUGAACAGAGAAGUCCUGCGAUUUCAGAACUAAAUGAUCUAAAGAAAGAAUUGUCCAUCAGUGAGUCAGAAGGUCAAACUAAAAAACUAUUCAGCUGCUUUUUUUGUGGGACUACAUUCCUAACAGGAGGACUUCUGACCAUACACACAACCCUCCACACUGGAGAGAAGCUGUCCAGCUGCAUCAUUUGUAGCAAAACCUUCACUUUGGAGUCCAGCCUGGCAAACCACAGCUGUGCUGGUGAAUUCUCGGAGUAUCAUCAGAGCCAGAAUGAGGAGCAGGUUGCCUCCAAGCUGCUGAGCUGCUCCCAGUGUGGAGAGGCCUUUUCCGGACAGGAGGAUUUAAACCUGCACCUCAAAUGUCACUCGAGGGCGCUCAAGUGUUCGAUUUGUGACGUGGGCUGCAGCGAUAGAGACGCGCUCAUUCAGCACAUGAGGAUCCACACCAGGCAAACGCAGUUUAGCUGCUCCGUGUGCGGCAAAGACUUUGCGUGGAGGCGGCAUCUGACCAAGCACAUGGAAGUCCAUGAGAAGAGGAAAAAGGUGUUCAGGUGCAGGAUCUGCGCUGCUGAGUUCUACACCUAUUAUCUGUUAUCCAAACACAAACUUCUCCAUCAGUCGUCAGAUCCUGGCGAUGGCAAGACCGAGAACAAAGAGGAGGAGCAGACGGAGGCCACAGCUGAGGACGAGGGCAGAACAGAACCCACUAGGAUUUCUAACACAGAGGCACAUUUACAGCCAGAAACGGACGCGGAGCCUCAGAUGUCCAUUAAAGCGGAAAAUGACGGCUUUUCCAAAAAUACUGACUCAGAUUUUAUCCCAGAGAGAGGUGGUGAAGUUUCUCAGAACACAGCAGAACCGCUCGCAUGCAGAGAGGAGGUGAAGCAGGAAGACCUGCAUCCUCAGAUUAAAGAGGAGCAGGAGGAAACAGUCGUCUCCAACCUCCACUUCAGUCCCAUCUGCCUAAAGACAGAGGACGAAGAAGAGAAACCGCAGUUGUCUCGGCGUCCUCACGCCGAGGAGAGCGCAGAAGCAGAGGCAAACGCCGGGACUCCAGAGUUUUCCGACGCCGACACUGACGACAGCAACUGCUGGCAAACGGAACGUAAAGUUCAGUCGGAAUCCAACUCCGAAAGUGAUUCUGGCAGAAAUCCGUUCAGCUUUUCUGAGGACAAGGCGUCCGAAUCUCUGCAGGCCGACACGGACGACAGCGUCGACAGCGACUUCUGGAAAGACGACAGGAAACCGCAGUUGAACUUAAACUCGCUGAAACACGAAACGUCAGAAGCAGGAGUGAAAUACGUGACGGACCUGAAGCCACACAGCUGCCCUCAGUGCAGUAAGGCGUUUCGCUACAGCUCCUACUUAAAGAUCCACAUGAGGCAGCACACGGAGAGGUACUUCUGCUCAGUCUGCGGCCACAAAUCCACUUCCAGCUCCAACCUGAAGGUUCACAUGAGGACUCACACAGGAGAGAAGCCGUUCAGCUGUGAAAUCUGCAGUAAAAAAUAUACCAACAAGGCCAGCAUGCAGUCCCACAUGUCUGUCCACAACGCUGAACGCAAGUACAGCUGCGACAUCUGCAAGAAGACCUUCGCCUGGUUCACCGAGCUGAAGUACCACCAGUGUGUCGGCGAGUCUUCCCCGCAGCGAAGCUACGAGGAAGACGCUGGAAUCAACCUGAAACGCCACAUCUUAUACAAUUUAAACGAGUGACCUGCAGAGGCGGAGGCCAAGAGCGGAUCAGCAAACAUAGCACGGAUUUACGCUAAUUAUUGGACUCAAAGUUGUUUAUUUAUUUGUGUGAAUGAUUCAGAAUGUUUGUUUCUGGAUUCUUCUCAGCACCAUGAGGAUCUACAAUUUAAUAUAACAAGGGAAACGUGUAGAUUCAACCUUUUAAGAUCACAUUUACCCCUUAGCAGGUUUUACCAGUUAAAAAUCGCUGAAAAGUACAGAAGCCCAGAGUGGCCACAUUUAAUUACAUGUUUUCCUGAGAUUAUGAGUGAAUUAUUGGAGGUAACGACGCUGGUUUUCUUCUUUUCUUUGUUAAAUCUUCUUGUCAUGUCCUAUUCCUUUAAAGGGGCUAUAUCCUGCUUUUCUUAAGCCUUUCAGAGUAAAUUAUAUCCAUAUAUAUGAUAUUAUAUUACUUUUGGCAGACUAAAGAACAAUUUUUAAAUGAAAAAAUUAGUUAAUUUCACAGCUCAUUUCCCUACCCGGAAGUAAGACACCUCGAUCUCUGAGGCUCCGCCUUUUCCUCCAUGUGGGUGCCGCCCAUUUCAUGACAUCAACCUAGACGUCAUGAAUCUCGGCGGCAUGUCUGCGCAAACAAAAACGUCAGAACUUUUGCAAAGACUGAUGUGCAAGUUGUACACAGAAAAUGAAGUCGUUUUGCAGAUCACCACUAGCUCCAUGGAGAAAGUGGGCGUGAGUGUUGGCCUGGGGGGCAGAGCUGGCAGCACAGACUCUUCCUGGAGGGGGCGGUUUCUCACUUUGUGAUGUCACAAUGUGAUGACCCACUCAUUUCUGUGAAUUGGGAGGGGCUAGUGCUCAGGGAGCAGGUUUUUGAAGGAUUAGAAAUACGUGAAUGGAUCAAAAUACUCCUUUGGGGUUGUUUUUUGUGAGGAAUUAACAUUAUAAAACACUUAAAAGCAAAAGAAAAGUAGAUUUUUUAUGAUAUAGGCCCCAUAAGAUGACACACAUUUAUUUUUAGGUGCCAGAAAACGAACUGUUUAACGUCAUGAUCAGUAGGUCAGGAGUGGAUUGUGAAAUGCCAAGUUCUGUCUGAAUGGUAAGUCAUUCAACCCUUCAAAUGAUAUUAUACCAUGACUGUAUGCUUACAGAUCUUUUUUUUACGCAAAUCAUAUUUGUUUUAUUGAACUUCCCUCAGCUUUUUAAGUGUCUUUCCUUGUAAAAAAAAAAAUUAUCCCAAAAACAAAUCUGCUCAGGAAAGAAACAGCAGCAUUCAACUAAAUUAUUUAUGCAUCAUUUUGUGUAUUUAUUGGUUCAAAAUCAGUAAAAAUAAAAUAUGAAGUUGCUUAAGAAGCUUGGACUUCUUGUGUUUUUUUAUUUGUUUCAUUCUGCAUUUGCAAUAGUCUGACUGUAAUCAUGGGCUGCCACAAAAUCUGAAAUCACACAUUUGGCCACAAAGUUAACUGUUUGGAGGGCAAAUCCUUUCUGCCAUUGUCUCCAAGUUAUUUAUAUCUGAGAAAUCAACAGAAACAGAAACGCACACAAUUUCAAUUAUUGUGCAGAAAUGACCUGUUUGAUCACUUCUCUGGUGCAAAAGAGUGAAGUGCAAUCCACUUUAGUCAUCCAAACAGGAUAAUUUAGUGACGUAAUCUGGAAAAAUCGGCUUCCUGUAAUUAUUUUCUGUGUGAUCUAGAGGCAGAAACUUUAACCGCUUUCACUCCUAAGAACUUUUAGGGCCUCUGUACUUUUUAAGUAUUUCAAUUUUCUUUUAAAAACAUAAAAAAAUGAAAAUGAUCCAUUUGAUUUUCAGCUUUUAGAAUUGAAAUAUAACCCCUCGAAAUUAUGGAUCUGUUUUGUUUUG